CUUGUGCACUUAAUGACCGGUGUCUCCUAAAUAGUGCAGAACGGUUUUCAGAUAUUUUUAGCAAUUUGUUUUCUAGAUCAUCACAACUAAUGAGGCCAGGAGACAGUCGGAUGUUCAGAGCUGGUAUCUGAUCUGAUUUACAGAUAUGCUGCUGUCCAACGAAGAAAAGAGCAAAGCUCCGCCCAUGUUCCUCUGCUUUAAGGUGGGGAAGCCAAUGAGGAAGUCCUUCGCCGCUGGUCGGACAUCUAGCCCCGCCCACUCGUACGUUGGCAGAGGGCGGCAACCAGAAUAUUGGUUUGCUGUGCCUCAAGAGAGAGUGGACCACCUUUACUCGUUCUUCAUCCAGUGGUCUCCAGACACUUAUGGGAAAGACGCUCAGGAGCAGGGCUUCGUGGUCGUAGAGAAAGACGAGCUCACCAUGAUCGACAACUUCUACAGUGACCCGGUUCCUCGCAGCUGGGAGAUCAUCACGAUUAAUGAGGCCAAGCGACGCCAGAGCUUCAGCUUCGAGGACGAGGAACCUCUAGAUCUUCUUCCUGUGCUGAUGGACCCCAGUGCUCUUCUGGAAGACACGCACAUUGAGAAGUUGUCCACUCGUUUGCCGGCCCGUGUUCAGGGUUAUCCGUGGCGUCUGGUCUACAGUACGGUGGUACACGGAACCAGCCUGAAAACCCUGUACAGGAACCUGAUGGAGCUGGACUGCCCUGUGCUGAUGGUCAUCAAAGACAUGGACAACCAGAUUUUUGGAGCGUUUUCCACUCACCCUUUCCGACUGAGUGAGCACUAUUAUGGGACAGGAGAGACCUUCCUCUACAGCUUCUGCCCAGAGAUCAAGGUUUACCGCUGGAAGGGUGAAAACUCAUACUUUGUGAAAGGAAACACGGAUUCCCUUCAGAUCGGCGGAGGAGGGGGUCAUCUGGGCCUGUGGCUGGAUGCCGACCUUUACCAUGGCACCACGUCCAAAUGCUCCACCUUCAACAACCUGCCACUAUCCUCCGAACAGGACUUCACCAUCCAAAACCUGGAGGUGUGGGCCUUCGAAUGAGCGCAUGCUAACGUACCCACGCCACGCUCACGACAUGAUGACUUGAUGUCUACUUGACGCUUUAUCCCGAACUGUGCAAGGCUGUUCGUGUGAAUCCGGCCGACAUGGUUUUACUUGGUUUCUCCUGGUCUGAGCACGGAGAGAGAAUUUCGUGGCAGCGAUGCCGCCCACAGCUAUCCCAGCAUGCAAUAUGUUCUCCUGCUGAAAUAUAACCAAUAUAUUAACACAUAUACGUGUAUGUGAAUGGCGAGGACUGUGUACGAUAUUCGGGAAGCGUUCAAAGCCGAAGACGUAUUCGGUGGCCAGAUCUGUCGCUUUGAGGCCAGUCUCUCAAAUCGUAAUUUUUGUUUACAUCGUGGCGAUUUGAUGCGUUUAGUUGGUGUAUUUUCACAUUCAUAUUUUCACAAUGCCAAUAUGUCCACAAAUUGAUUUUGUUGACCAAAGCAUUUUAUUUGCCUUGUUCUCCAGUUUUUAUAUUUCGUUUUUUUCUUUUUCUAUUUGAGUGUUUUCU